CUGGCCGGAACAACGGGUCAGAUCAUUGUUGACAACUGUGGCUUGCCCGCAAACUUGUCCAGUUUUUAGAACAAUGAAAUUGGUAAAAUGUGUUUGGGUGGACUUUGUAGUGAUUUCUCUUGAUUUUCGUUGGUGCUAGCUAACUAAUAGGCCAGGUUAGUUAGCUGGUAAGUAAACAGAUUUGUGUCGUAACGUUUCAGGGCAUCAGUAGCUUAACAUUAGCUAGCUAGCAGAGUUUAGCUAAAGAGAGCAGCAGCAUGGGCGACAGCAGUAUUACUCCCAGGCUCGGCAACAUGAAGGCUUUACUCGGAAUAGUCGCCGGAGCUGGAGCCUCUUACGGGAUUUACAAACUCAUCAGCUUCAAGAGAAACAAGAAAAGUUCCACCUCCAACGAAAGUGUGAGUGUGAAGAGCACUCUGCAGAGUGAAGUGAAGCUCCAGCCGGGCAGCCUGCUGGCCAGAGUGUCUGGACUGGAUGUAGUCUGUCCCCGACCGGUGGAUGCCGCUUCAGGUGACAUCAUCCAUCAGUCUCCCAACAACCUCGAGCCACAGCACUUGAAAAUGCUGCUGUCCUGUCUGCAGACCAGCGAUAAUCCCUCUGACAGAUGUCGGAUUCUUGUUACGUUAGGAAAUGCUGCCGCUUUCACUGUCAAUCAGAAUCUAAUACGGGAAUUUGAAGGGAUUCAUGUCAUAGCUGGUCUCGUCUUUGAUCCUGCACCAGAGCUUAGAGUGCAAGCUCUGAAUGCUUUAAAUAAUCUGUGUAUGAACAUCCAAAACCAGGAACAAAUAAAGAUUUAUGUACCAAAAGUGCUGGAACUGAUUGAGAUGUCCCCCGUGAAUUCUGACCUUCAGCUCAGUGCUCUGAGGCUGCUGACUAACCUGUCGGUUACAGACAAACAUCAACACUUGCUGAAGCAAUCCGUUACACUUUUACUGUCUCUACUGGUAGUCGGCAAUGAAACAUUACAGGUUCAGACACUAAAAGUCCUCGUGAAUUUGUCCUCUAAUCCAGAUAUGAUGGAUGACAUUGUUCAAGCUCAGGCACCAGCAUCUGUGGUGCUGCUUUUUGAUGAACGAACGGCUCCUGCGGUGCUUCUUCGACUGCUGACUUUUGCAGGGAACUUGAAGGCCUGGAGGCCCUCCGCCCAGGUGGCCGAUGAACUGAGGAGGAAGCAAGAUUGUCUCUUCCGGGUCAUGUUGGACGAAUCCUCCCAGCUCCACAGUCGACUCGUCCAGCUGCUUUCACACCCUGAUGGGGAGAUUCAGGCUCAGGUGGCUCGUAUCUUGACAUAGACCUCGCUCCCUGCACUCUUCAUCCUUGCACAGAUUUUGCUUCCUCACAGUUUGCCAAAGCCACCGACCUGUCACUUUUUAAGUUUUAAAUGACACAUCUGCUGACAUUAAUCUUUAUAGAAGAGCAGGCUGUGUGGAAACUCUGCUUACACCCACAUCUUCUCUACGCACAAUGUUCCCUACAUCAACAUUAUCAUCACGCAUAACUAAAUUAUAUUCUCCAGUUCACCAGCCACUCCUCCCUAAUUUCUAGCCUCUUGCAUUGAAAAUAAUGAGCGAUGAGUGAGCAGAGAGCAGGAAGAAUCCAUUCAUUCAGUGGAGUAUAAAAACAGACCACUUCUUCCUGUUUUUUUCCUGCUGCUGUAAGUUAUCAUUGCCAGAGACUAUUUUCCUUCAAGGAUCCACAGUGCCCUUUCUUCUGAGAACCUCACCUAAAAAUCUCUGAAGAUGUGUUCCAAGUGAUACUUCUGAAUUCAACCCCACUGCCAAAAGUUUUCUAGAAAAUGUUUCAGUACGACCCGUACAGCAUGAUCCUGUGUGCUUAGCCCUCUGUGGUUCAGAGGCGCUUAGGAGAGGUUAGGAGGUUUCUUGCUGCACACCUUAGCAUGCCUUGGAGUCACCUGUGGAUUGACGUGCUACAGCUCCAGUCCUUGCUAAUGUAUCAGCAUGUCGGAUUUUAUAAAAGUGGACUUGAUCCUAAAAGAAGCAAAAUCUUUUCCCAGCGUUUAUAGUUUGAGACGAAUGAUUUCUGGAUAGGCCAAAGAGAGUUUAACCUACAGACUGGUUGGGGUGCAGUGGAUCAAGAAGAUGUUGAAGUGGAGACACUGCCUCACCAGCAUUAUGAGGAGCGGGCUGAAGUAUUAAGGUGCCACCUGGAUCCAUUUCGAAAGUACACCGACCAAAGCUGCCUGGAAGGGUUGAUCCAGGAUGUGCUCGUCGUUGAAUGUUUCAUCAGGUCUAAAAAUGCCUGCAAAUCCUCCAGGGAGGAGCUGGAGGAAGCUACAAGGGAAAAGGAUGUCUGGACUGCUGUGAUUGUUAUAAAUAUCAGGCAAAUCUGCAGCUUUAAAAUAGAUGCAGGCCUGUUGAAGCAGGAGAAUAUGACCAUACUGUAUUUGAAAAUGUUUCUUGAUGAAGUGGUUAUUGCUGCAGUGAUUGAAUGUGAAAUACGAGCCUUGCUGCCAUGUUAAGCUAUGCACUAAUUAGACGGACUACAUGUGACAGACCCACCUGUUGUUUAGCUGUAGGACUGGAGCUGAGGAACUAUCUGCUGACUUGUUGGAAAAGAAAAGAGGUGCAUGGAAAAAAUGUGACUGUCUCAGAAUAUAAUGUUUAAUGCAAGAUUUUUAAUGGCAUGGGCCAGUCCAGGUGUAUAGAAAUGCUGCACAUUUUUUAUGUUUGGACACUGACUUUGUUGAACCCAAAUCUAAAGAUCUCUCAGGCGAUAUGGUUUACCAGAACAUUUACAGCAGGAGGCUGAUGUACUUGUGACCUAGAUUAUCAUAUUUAUUUAAUGAAGUUGGUAAGCAUUUUGCCUAUAAAAUGGAAAACAUGUUUGUCUGUUUGAAUUGUCAAUAAAUACCUAAUAUGACAUUAUUGA